AUGCCUAUGAACUGGACUGACCAGGCCGAUAUGCUCAUGGCCAUCAUCACCUCAGCGAACGCCAAGGUGGACUACAAGGCGAUUGCGGAGUACAUGGGAUCUGGUAAGCCUCUCGCAUCCAUUCCCAGCACUACCUCCAAGCCAAAUGCACUCUCCACAAAUCCAGAACCCCCUGCUGACUUACCCUUACUCUAUCCAGAAUGCACCCCAAAAGCCGUGAUGCACCGCUACCAGCGUCUCCGCGACAAAUUCAAAGCCGCAGACUCCCUCCCCGCCAACGACGACGAUGCAAGUGCAAACGGCAACGGCGCCGCUGAUCUUCCUGACCCCGUGAGCCCUGAAAAGCGCAAGAGAGGUAGAGCCAAGAAGAUCGAAGCCGCUGCUACCCCUGCCACUCCUGGCGACGAAAACGAGAACCCUGCCAUGGCGGAUGUACAGGACAGUCCAACCAAGAAGGCUAAGGGCAAGCCUAGGCGUAGGGGAAAGAAGGCUGCGGUCAAGGAGGAGGAGACUACGGAUGCAGAGCUGGAUUAA